GAAAUGACCUCAGAGGAGCAAGAGAUAAUCAAAGACCUGGACAAAUGUGACUUUGGGGAGAUCCACAAAUAUUUUGUGGACAAAAAUGAGGCUCGUAAAGCACUUCCCAAGGAGGAGAAGCAGAAGCUGAAGGAGGAAGCGGAUAAGAUCCAGGAGGAAUACGGGUACUGCAUCCUGGAUGGGCACCGGGAGAAGAUUGGCAACUUCAAAACUGAACCUCCAGGGCUCUUCCGUGGUCGUGGGGAGCACCCCAAAAUGGGGAUGCUGAAGAAGAGGAUCAUGCCAGAAGAUGUCAUCAUCAACUGCAGCAAGGAUUCCAAGAUUCCCGAGCCCCCAGAAGGCCACAAGUGGAAGGAGGUGCGCUUUGACAACACGGUCACCUGGCUGGCCUCGUGGACAGAGAACAUCCAGAACACCUUGAAGUACAUCAUGCUGAAUCCCAGCUCCAAGCUGAAGGGGGAGAAGGACUGGCAGAAAUACGAGGUCGCUCGGCGCCUGAAGGAUGUUGUCCACACAAUCCGGGCUCAGUACAGAAAAGACUGGAAAUCCAAGGAGAUAAAGAAGAGGCAAAGAGCAGUGGCCCUCUACUUCAUUGAUAAGCUGGCCCUGCGAGCUGGGAAUGAGAAGGAGGAAGGGGAGACUGCGGACACGGUCGGCUGCUGCUCCCUGCGCGUGGAGCACAUCCAGCUGCACCCCCAGCUGGAUGGGCAGGAGCACGUGGUGGAGUUUGACUUCCUCGGGAAAGACUCCAUCCGUUACUACAACAAAGUGUCCGUGGAGAAGCCGGUGUUCAAGAACCUGCAGCUCUUCAUGAAGAACAAGGACCCCAGCGAUGACCUCUUUGAGCACCUCAAUACAACCUUCCUGAACAAACACCUCCAGGACCUCAUGGAUGGUUUGACGGCCAAAGUCUUCAGGACCUACAACGCUUCCAUCACCCUGCAGGAGCAGCUCAAGGCCCUCACCAACCCUGAAGACAACGUUGCAGGAAAGCUCCUGUCCUACAACCGAGCCAACAGGGCUGUGGCCAUCCUGUGCAACCAUCAGAGGUCUAUACCAAAAACCUUUGCCAGGUCCAUGCAAGUCCUCCAGGAGAAGAUUGACGCCAAGAAGAAACAAGUGGAGGAAGCCCAGGAGGAAGUGAAAAAAGCUGAAGAUGAGUUUAAGGACACAAAAGAAGCCAAAGCAGAAGUGAACGUGGAGAAGAAGAAGAAGCUGUUGCAGAGGCUGGAGGAGCAACUGGCCAGGAUGAACAUCCAGGCCACGGACAAGGAGGAGAACAAGCAAAUAGCUCUGGGCACAUCCAAGCUGAAUUACCUGGAUCCCAGGAUUACCGUGGCUUGGUGCAAGAAGUUCGGGAUUCCCAUCGAGAAGGUCUACAACAAGACCCAGAGGGAGAAGUUUGCCUGGGCCAUUGACAUGGCUGGCGAGGACUUUGAAUUCUGAGCCGGUGCCUCCCACGUUAAAUCCCAAAUCCUGCUCAUUUGGUGCUGUUGGGAAGCUGUUUUGUUUUUUUAAUUUGCUGCUGCUGGUGGCUGAGGGUUGUCUGAGUUUGGUGCCAUUUUUUUUUUUUUUGGAUGGAAAAGCAAGCACCUGGAUUUCCAGUUGAAGCAGGUAUUGCUGAUUGGGAUGUUGGACUUUGGGAACUCUUUAAUUCCUCUUCAGAGUUUCCAUGUACUUGGCCUUCCCCUGGAGUCCUGGAAGGAGAUUA